GCCGGAGCAGCUCAGUGCCAGCCGGGGAGGGUCGAGCCCUGAGCGGGGACUGAGCGCGGGGUGUGAGAGGGUGGGCGAGGGGAGCGAACCGGCGACGGGCUGACCGGCUGCAUCAGGAUGUUCAGCUGGAUGGGGCGGCAGGCUGGCGGGCGCGAGCGCGCGGGCGGCGCGGACGCAGUGCAGACGGUGACUGGGGGCCUGCGCUCGCUCUACCUGCGCAAGGUGCUGCCGCUGGAGGAGGCGUACCGUUUCCACGAGUUCCACUCGCCAGCGCUGGAGGACGCCGACUUCGAUAACAAGCCCAUGAUCCUGCUGGUGGGCCAGUACAGCACGGGCAAGACCACCUUCAUCAGAUACUUACUGGAGCAAGAUUUCCCAGGCAUGAGGAUUGGCCCAGAGCCCACCACCGAUUCCUUCAUUGCUGUGAUGUAUGGGGAGACUGAGGGCAGCACCCCAGGCAACGCUUUAGUCGUGGACCCCAAAAAGCCCUUCCGAAAGCUUAGUCGCUUUGGAAAUGCUUUCCUGAAUCGAUUCAUGUGCUCCCAGCUGCCCAAUCAGGUCCUAAAGAGCAUCAGCAUCAUCGACAGUCCCGGCAUCCUUUCUGGGGAGAAGCAGCGCAUCAGCCGAGGCUAUGACUUCUGCCAGGUCCUACAGUGGUUUGCAGAGCGAGUCGACAGGAUCAUCCUGCUAUUCGAUGCUCACAAACUGGACAUCUCAGACGAGUUCUCAGAGGCCAUCAAGGCCUUCCGCGGCCAAGAUGACAAGAUCCGUGUGGUACUGAACAAGGCUGACCAAGUGGACACGCAGCAGCUGAUGCGCGUCUACGGGGCCCUCAUGUGGUCCCUGGGCAAGGUCAUCAACACACCCGAGGUCCUUCGAGUCUACAUCGGCUCUUUCUGGGCACAGCCCCUACAGAACACUGAUAACCGCCGGCUCUUUGAGGCCGAGGCCCAGGACCUCUUCAGAGACAUCCAGAGCCUUCCGCAGAAGGCGGCCGUGCGCAAACUCAACGACCUCAUCAAGAGAGCGAGGCUGGCCAAGGUACAUGCCUACAUCAUCAGCCACCUGAAGAAGGAAAUGCCAAGUGUAUUCGGAAAGGAAAACAAGAAGAGAGAGCUUAUCAGCAGAUUGCCAGAAAUCUACCUUCAGCUGCAGCGAGAAUACCAGAUUUCUGCCGGGGACUUCCCAGAGGUCAAGGCAAUGCAGGAACAGCUCGAGAACUACGACUUCACCAAAUUCCACUCGCUGAAGCCCAAGCUGAUCGAGGCAGUGGACAACAUGUUGAGCAGCAAGAUCUCGUCCCUGAUGCACCUCAUCAGCCAGGAGGAGAUGAGCAUGCCCACGCAGCUCGUGCAGGGCGGCGCCUUCGAUGGCACCACCGAGGGCCCCUUCAACCAGGGCUACGGGGAGGGUGCCAAGGAGGGCGCCGAUGAGGAGGAAUGGGUGGUGGCCAAAGACAAGCCCGUCUACGACGAGCUCUUCUAUACCCUUUCGCCUGUCAAUGGCAAGAUAUCGGGCGUCAACGCCAAGAAGGAGAUGGUGACAUCCAAGCUGCCCAACAGCGUCCUGGGCAAGAUCUGGAAGCUGGCGGACUGUGACUGUGACGGCAUGCUGGACGAGGAGGAGUUCGCACUGGCCAAGCACCUCAUCAAGAUCAAGCUCGAUGGCUACGAGCUGCCCAACAGCCUGCCCCCCCACCUUGUGCCCCCCUCCCACAGGAAGUCCCUGCCGAAGGCCGACUGAGGGGUGGGCCGCUCACAGGGCAGGCAGCGGGGGGGUAGGCAUCAGGGACCUGUGCCUGAGGCCCGUGCCACUGCUGACUCACUGACCCUAGCCAAGGCACUGCCCUCUCUGUGCCUCAGUUUCCCCACCUAUGGAAUGAGGAGGGCACACACUGGACACUAGAUGAGGUUCUUUCACCUUUAAAAUUCCCCGAGUUUCUAUUAAAAUAUUGGGAGGAGGGUGUGGAUAAGGAGAUUGAAGGGUUAAGAAAAAAGAGAAAUUGACCAAAGAGUACUCUGAAGCCUGGAGAGACCUAGACGUGGAAGCAGGCUGUGCACAGCCAGACAGCCACAGGGAGUGAGCCGGGGGCUUUUCUGGAGCAGGGGGAGCCUUCUGCACUGGACCACAUCAUUGUGCACCUGCCAUGGCCCCUGUCUGUCCCUUAGAGGGCACCCAGAAGGAGCAAAGUUGAUCUUAUUUAUUUCAUUUCCUGUUGUAUUGAGAGUGGAAAACAGCAGAGCACAGAGCGUUUCUGCUCUCUCCAGACCGCCUACCAAAGAGAAGACUGCUUCCCCUGGGUGUGAAAGGAGAGUCCCCUUUGCCUGUGUGCACCCCCGUCCCUCCUGCAGGCUCUAGCAGCACAGGCAACCAGGCCCCCAGAGAGCAUUUGUGACACCCGACACCCCCCUGACUAGCCCACCCAGAGCUCCCCCAACCUGGGCCCUUCCCAGCAAAAUUGCAUUUGGUUAGGAAUUUGGAAAUCAGAACCUUUAUUAGCCCUUGGCAAGAUUUCUAGUAUUCAAAUCAUGCUGGAGUCUGAAGGUUGGUUUUUCUUACUGGUCUGUCCAGUAAUUUGUAGCAAAGUCUAUUUAUCAUAUUCAAACUAUAGUAAAGGAAUGAGGUGGUUCUCUGUAGUCAUCAGUGUGGUGACAGGUCCCCAAGGCCCCUUGGACGAUGGCAGGAUUUAAAUUCAGCAAAACCAUGUCUUGGUGCCUGCAGCGUGCUCAGUCUGGGGACACAAGGGAACGAGAGGUGAGCUUGCCCCAGGGUGUCAGGUAGAAAAGGUCAUUCUCUAGCUUUAGACGCUAUUUUUAUAAAAAAAAGAAAGAAAGAAAGAAAGAAAGAAAGAAAGAAAGAAAGAAAGAAAGAAAGAAAGAAAGAAAGAAAGAAAGAAAGAAAGA